AUGUCCCAAAGGCAAAGGCGGGGGCUCCAGGCAGGGAGGGGCACUCAGGCCCGGGGAGCCGGCGUGAAAUUGGCCACAGCACCUGGGCUGCCCGGGAGAACCAGGAGAAGAUUUUCCUGCUUCUACCCAGAGGGGCCUGAGCUGCGGGGCGGACCUCGAGGCGUGCUGGUGGGGGCGGCGGGGCCCGGCGGGCCUCAUUUACGCCUUGGCGGGCCGUGGCCUCCGGAGCCCGUGAGGACCCGGCCCUCUCCCGCUCCCCCUGCAGACCCUCCGAGGAAGCGGGUGGAUUCUCCCAUGCUGAGCCGCCACGGGAAGAGGAGGCCGGAGCGCAAGUCCAUGGAGGUGCUGAGCAUCACGGACGGGGCGGGGCAGGGCUCCCGCCCUCCCCAGCCCCCCCCCCUUCCCGCUCUUUCCCGUUCCUCCCUGAAAUACAGAUCCCGGAGCGUCAGCGGUGCUUCCACUGGACUCUCCUCCGCCCCCCUCUCUCCUCCCUGCCGGCCCCUCUUCUCCUUUUGGCCGGGGCCGCCCUGGGGAGGGAGGCCGGACGGGCCGCUCCCCACCCCCAAGCCGGCAACUGCCGCCCGGGCCCGGGGAGGGCGGGGGGCAACCGCCCCGCCAGGCCGCUCCACUCCCCUGCCCGGGUCCCCGGGGGCGCCCCGAAACCCUGUUCCCCGGGGGCCGCCCCCGCCGCCCGGCCCACGCCCUCCCAGUCCCGGAGCCGGCGGAGGCGUGGGGGGCGCCGCGUGGAGGAGUCGCCUCAACUCCAUCCGGAACAGCUUCCUGGGCUCUCCCCGAUUCCACCGGCGCAAGAUGCAGGUCCCCACCGCAGAGGAGAUGUCCAGUUUGACACCGGAGUCAUCCCCAGAGCUGGCGAAGCGUUCCUGGUUUGGAAACUUCAUCUCCCUGGACAAGGAUGAGCAGAUAUUCCUGGUGCUGAAGAACAAGGCGCUGAGCAGCAUCAAGGCCGACAUCGUCCACGCCUUCUUGUCUAUCCCCAGCCUGAGUCACAGUGUGCUGUCCCAGACCAGCUUCCGGGCCGAAUAUAAGACCAGCGCCGGCCCCUCCGUCUUCCAGAAACCCGUUCGCUUCCAGGUUGACAUCAGUUCAUCGGAGGGCCCCGACCCCCCUCCCAGGCGGCGGGAGCGGGACGGCAGGGGUUCUCGGUCCCUCCUCAUUGCCCCGUCCCAGCCCUGGUUAAACUGGGUGGAAAGUCAGGCCCAGCUCCUGAGCACCCACGACCAGCCAUCGGUGCAAGCACUGGCAGGUGAGGGAGCCCGGGCCGAGCCUUAGGGGAGGCGGGGAAGG